AUGCCGAAUGUGAGCAGCGCCGGCAGAACAAGCAAACACAAGAAUGAGGGUGUCCUGGCGCUCAUCAUCAUCAACAAGGCCGGCGGUCUGAUCUACAACCGCACCUUCGCCGAGGGGCUCAACCAGCUCAACACCAAUGACUAUCUCGUGCUAGCUGGUACAUUUCACGGAGUCCACGCCAUCACAGCGCGGCUCAACCCGCUGAAGGCGCACCAGGGCGCGACGCCCCCGGGCACGCGGCCGGAGCCGCCGUCGGGGCUGGAGGUGCUGGAGACGGAGAACUUCCGGAUGCAGUGCUUCAACACGCAGACGGGCAUCAAGUUCCUGCUCUUCACCGACACGCUGCAGACGGGCGUCAACGAGGGCACCAUGCGCCGCGUGUACGAGCUGUACGCCGACUACGUCAUGAAGAACCCCUUCUACCAGCUGGAGAUGCCGGUGCGGUGCGACAUGUUCGACCGCAAGCUGAACUCGUACAUCCGGGAGAUUAACAAUUCUCGGUGA